AUGUCCUCAUCUGGGCUGGAUAUCGCAGAACUCUCGGACAGCGAGAGGUCUGCCCUCGAAACGUAUACAACAGUGACAGGCCAGGAGCCGUCCGAAGCCAUUCCAUUACUGCGUCGCUGCCAGUGGAAUGUUCAGAUUGCCAUCUCCAAGUUUUUCGAUGGGGAAGGUCCGGACCCCGUUGAGGAAGCUCGCGCAGUUCUUGACAAUACUCCCCCUCCUCGAUCCAACCGCCAGACGCAAAACCUCAUGAGAGAUGACCUCCGUGCACAGUUGGCCCCGACCAUUCGUGCCGCUGACCCAGCUCUUCGAGUCGUGACUCAACCUGAAGAACAGCCCGUCUACCGCCCGCCUCUUCUGCUAGCUUUAUUGUUUACACCGGUUAAUCUCCUGUAUCGGUUAAUAUGCAGUUCUUUCCGUUUCUUUGGGGCUUUAUUCCCUUUUUUGCCCCGAUUUUUUAAUACGACCGCAAAUUCUGCUCUCCAAGGGGCUAGGAGGAACACCAAUGGGCGUAGAGCCUUGGGGCCUAAGGAUACGGCUGCUAGAUUCAUCCGGGAGUUCGAGGAAGAGUAUGGCACGAACUCGCUUGGGUUCCUGGAAAAUGGAUAUAACAUGGUUCUUGAAAAGGCCCACCAGGACCUCAAAUUCCUUCUGGUGGUUCUUCUUGCCCCUGAACAUGACGACACCAACGGCUGGGUGCGAGAUACACUGCUUUCACGCGAAGUGGUCGAAUUUGUCAAUGAUCCACAGAAUGAUGUACUGAUUUGGGGAGGCAACGUUCAGGAUUCGGAGGCGUACCAAGUAGCCAACUCUCUCCGAUGCACCAAAUUCCCUUUUGCAGCAGCCAUCGUGCAUACUCCCAAUGUAUCUUCGACGGCCAUGUCGGUUGUGACUAGGAUUUCUGGGACUACGUCUCCACCAGAGUUUGUGGAGAAACUUCGGUCUGCGAUUUCUCAAUACAAGGAACCCCUUGAACGAAUCGGCGCUUCGAGAGCAGAGCAACAGGCUUCCCGCAGUCUCCGGGAACAACAGGAUUCGGCCUACGAACGUUCGCUAGCGAUUGAUAGGGAACGUGCACGACAGAGACGGGAAGCGGAAGCAGCUAGGCAGCGGGAGGAGCAAGAGGCCGCUGAACGCCAAGCGGCCGAGGAGAAGCGGAUACAUGAUCAGGAUCAAUGGAAGCGAUGGCGGGUACAGACCAUACCUGAUGAGCCCGGCCCGGAGGUGAAGGAUGCGGUCCGUAUCAGCAUUCGACUGCCUUCAGGAGAGCGAGUGAUCCGCAAGUUCGGACCUGACGCGGACAUCGAAGAGCUCUAUGCGUUCGUUGAGUGUUACGAUAUCCUGCAGGAAUCUCAAGAGAGGGACACGGAUGUUGAAAAGCCCAGUGGUUUUGAGCAUGAAUAUCAAUUCCGACUUGUGUCGCCAAUGCCCCGGACCGUACACGAAAUCGACGCGGGUCGUUCCAUCCGGGAUCAGAUUGGCCGUGGAGGUAAUGUGCUUGUUGAACCGAUUGACGAGGAGAGCGACGAAGAGGAAGAAGAUGCGUAG